UACAAGCUAUAAUAAACCGUAUAACACACCCAGGAACAGGUAAAAACAAUCAAGCAUUAUGAUCAAAUACAUAAGAAACGUGUAAACUUCACAUUGUCGCCUUAGUGUCGACCUCCCUCGAGGUACAUUUAAAGCUGUCACCAGUCUCGCGAGGCCAAACCAGGAAGCCUCCCCGAGCUUUGUUGUUGACACAAGAGUUCCUGUGGGGUCCAUCGUGAAUAGAUGAUAGGGAGGGUGGAGGAGGACAAUGCUCCCUAUAAGUGCAGCGCUGAGCAGUAGACCAUGCCACUUUGCUGUUUACCAGAUCAUCCUGUUCUACCAAGUGAAUCGGGAGAUACAAUAUGUUUGUGCGCUUAACGAGGGAGCAUUAAGCAGACAAGGAGCAAUCUGAGGAAUUUUGUUUUUGUUUUGGAGAUUUUUAUCUAUAUUCGCACUCAAAUCUCCUCCUUGUUUGUGUGGAAGGCCUGAUACAACAUCCAUGGCUGUGAUCUAGAAAAGAAAGUGCAUUUGUUCUUGUUGGUGCUUCACUUGGUGAGGUCAUUGAACUUUGGCAGAAGCAUCUCGAACUUUUUCUCAUCUUGACCAAAGGGAUUUAGAACAGGUUUCAACAUCUGCGAGAAUUCGUCAGGGAGACGACAAAUUAAAGGUCUUGGACUGUUCUUGUAGGCGAACAAUAAAGAUAAACCAACCCGACCUAAGAUGACAUCCGAAGCAGGCAAAACUCGAGAGGCUGCGGAGAAGGACAUAGGUAACACAGAAGUGAAAACAGACUUUGCAAGUAAAGUCACAGGAGAGUCCCUAUAUGAAAACACUUCUGCAAAAGAUGCAAACGAGUUUAGCGAAAGUUACAGAGAUUAUGCAAAUGUGAGCUACCCAUGUCAGACAAACAAAACACAUGAUUUGGAUGUAGCCGGACUACUGGAUGGCUUAGAGCAACUGGAGGAUAAGGCAUCAUCAGGCUGCUCGCCAGGAUCCAAAAAUUGCAACAGAGAUGGGUCUGACAUGAACGAUGACAUGGUCGUGAGUGUAGAAGGUCUGCUGCUCCCUGAUGAGGUCUCAGUUCCCACCUGUGGAAGAAAUAAUGGCUGCUUUCAUCAUGAAGACGAAGCGCCCAACGAUGGCGGAGGGUGUGAACGCAGCUCACCAGAUGUCCACGGCUCUCCACCAAUCCAGAUCUUCGUCAUUUCCAGCGAUGAGCAGGUUAAGUCUUGCUUGUCGGCACCGCCGCUGGAACGAUCAUCCGGUGACGACAGCAUGAGGGAGACGGAGACGCGGUCUGAAGAGCCGACGUCAGGAUACGUCACGCCUCGACUCGGGCAGCAGCCAGAUGACGUCAGCAGUGUAUAUGGCAUGAGGUCAUGUUUGUCCCGCUUGUCUUUGCUCACGAACAGCAGUGUGUACUCUGACAUCACUUUCUGGGAUCCACUGGAAUCUCAGCCGCAUGAGGACCACUACCAGCUACCAGUGGACGGCCUGGACCGCCUGAAGACCAGACGGCCGACCAUGCAUGAACUUAGGGAAGAGCUGGAUUAUCGAUUGUCCUUUUCCGGUGUCUCGAACCUUGACACCAUCACUGUGGAAGAUGGAAAGACUGCGGAAGAGGAGAAGAAAGAUGAACCCAAAGGGCAAAAGUUUGGAUGGAUCGUAGGGGUGUUGAUCCGGUGUCUACUCAACAUCUUUGGCGUGAUGCUGUUUCUGCGCAUGACGUGGAUCACAGGGCAGGCUGGGAUUGGUCUCGCUUCCGUUAUCAUCUUGAGUUCCUCUCUGGUGACGGUUGUGUCGGCCAUGUCCAUGUCAGCCAUCUGCACCAACGGCGAGGUUCAUGGAGGUGGCGCUUACUACCUGACCUCCCGCAGUCUGGGGCCGGAGUUUGGUGGCGCCCUAGGAGCGAUCUUCACCUUAGCCAACGCAGUCGCUGUUGCCAUGCACAUAGUCGGGUUUGCCGAGACUUUGCGAGAUCUCAUCAAUGAUAACGGUCUUCCAAUCACUGGUGACCCACUGAAUGAUGUGAGACUCAUCGGAUGCGGUACCAUAGUGAUGCUGCUGUGUGUCGUGAUGGUUGGCCUGGACUUCGAGAGCAAAGCGCAGAUCUUACUUCUUGUUCUUCUCAUUGUCUCCCUCCUCAACUAUUUCAUCGGAACGUUCAUUCCUCCGUCUGAAGAAAAGCGACGAGAAGGCUUUGUCGGUUAUCAAGGAUCGAUCUUUCAGGAAAAUUUUGGGCCAGAUUUUAGGGCAGCGAACGACAUUGAUUACGACUUUUUCAAAGUCUUCGCCAUCUUUUUCCCGUCAGCCACUGGUAUUCUUGCAGGAGCCAACAUUUCCGGUGACUUGAAAAAUCCGUCCAUUGCGAUUCCUCGGGGCACCUUCCUCGCCAUCUUGCUGACGACAAUAGUGUACCUGGCCAUCGUGUGGACCUGCGGCGGUUGCAUGCUGAGAGACGCCGUGGGCAUCGGGGUUGUCGCCACCAACGUGACCCUAGGUCUGGAUGAGAUUCGGAAUUGUGGAAACGAAACAUGCAAAUAUGGACUUCAGAACUCACAUGCGAUAAUGGGCUUGGCAUCUGGGUUUCCGCCGCUGAUAUACGCCGGUAUUUUCUCAGCUACUCUCUCCUCUGGUCUUGCUUGUCUUGUCAGCGCACCGAAGGUGUUACAGGCUUUGGCCAAAGAUAAAAUUUUCCCUCUCAUUGGACUGUUUGCGAAGGGUUAUGGGAAAAACGAAGAGCCAAGACUGGGUUACAUCUUAACAUUCGUCAUCGCCGUCGGUGUUACUUGUAUUGGAUCACUGGACUUGAUAGCCCCAAUAAUAUCAAACUUCUUUCUGAUGUCCUAUGCCCUCAUUAACUUCGCCUGCUUCGACGCUGCCUUCGUCAAGUCUCCAGGGUUUCGUCCGUCCUUUCGCUUUUUCAAUAAGUGGGUGAGUUUGCUGGGAGCCUUGCUGUGCCUUGUCAUCAUGUUUUUCCUCAAGUGGUGGGCGGCUCUUGCAACAGUCAUCGUCGUCGGCGCUCUGUACUUUUACAUCAGACACCGCAAGCCAGAUGUGAACUGGGGGUCCUCCAGACAAGCCCGCGUCUACAACGACGCCUUGAAGGCCACAUUGAAACUGCUCAACGUCGGCGACCACGUCAAGAACUUCCGUCCACAGAUUCUUGCGCUGACUGGCUGUCCUCGGAACAGACCUGCUUUGGUGGACUUGGCAUAUUCAAUCACAAAACGUCAAAGCCUUUUCAUUUGUGCACAGGUAUUACAGGGCACGAUGAUGGACCAUGUACACCGCCUUCGCUCGACGACGAUCUAUCGUUGGUUCCGUCAUCGCCACGUCAGCGCCUUCUACACCAGCGUCGCUGCGCCCACCGUGCGUCAGGGGAUGGAGGUUCUGAUGCAGUCACAAGGCCUGGGCAAGCUGCGGCCAAACACGUUGAUGCUGGGUUUCAAGAACGACUGGCAGACCGUGGAUCAGGAGGACGUGCACAAUUAUGUUGGAAUUAUUCUUGACGCCUUCGACCUCGGAUAUGGUGUUGCUGUACUUCGUCUUCCAGGCGGACUCGACACUCACAAAGUGAGCACAUGCGAGUCAGAGGAUCCUGAGGAUUCGGUUAUAGGGCAUCUGGACAUUGACACUGACAGUUCUGAUGAAAAUGAGUCUGACGAUAGUGACAGCAGUGUCAGGAGCAACAAAGACCCUCCCACCAAGUGUUCAACCAAGUCGGAGGCAGGGACGAGAAACUCGGGAUCGCCGCUGGCUGUGAGCUCACUGAAGUUCAUAGAUCGCCAGGGCUACGUCAACAAAGCUUACCUGGAGACGGAGGACUACAUGGUGUCUGCGGAUGAGCCUAGUGGUCACUCAGCUAAAUGGAAACCUAGUACAAAAAAGUCCAGACGUUCGACCAUCAGUGUGCUUCCAGAGGGGUUCUCCUCCAUCGACAGAUUCCGGAACAAACAGACGGGGACCAUCGAUGUCUGGUGGCUCUUUGAUGACGGAGGUCUGGGGCUGCUCGUGCCUCACAUCCUGACGACGAGAAAAAAAUGGCGGAACUGCAAGCUGCGGGUGUUCUGCGCUGGCACUAAGAAAGCGGAUGCAGAUGCAGACUACGAAAGCAUGGCAGCUUUGCUGAGAAAAUUCAGGAUCGACUACUCUGAAAUUACAGUGGUUCCAGAUAUUAAAAGAAGGCCGACAAGAAGCAGCUGUAAAGAAUUCGCAAAUCUUGUCAAACAAUGGCGGCUGAAGAAAGGUGAAAGUCAAACUGAAUAUCCAUGGAAGAUAUCGGACUCUGACCUGGCCACGAGAAAAGAAAAGAUCUUCAUGGAGCUGAAAAUAAGGGAAAAGCUUCUGGAGCAUUCCAUGGCUGCUUCUCUAAUCGUUGUAACCCUUCCUGUACCUAGAAAGUCUUGUCCGGCUGGACUGUACAUGGCAUGGCUGGAUACCCUGUCACGUGACCUCCCACCUACCCUGCUGCUCCGCGGAAAUCAAGAAAGCGUGCUCACCUAUUUUUCGUAAAAAAAACCCCACAAAAUCGCCAUCUGAGACCCGAACUCAGUUUACUGUGACUAAUGGCUGAGGUUGACUCAUUUUGUGUGGACAGUUUCAGAAUCGAACACAUUUUUUCACAGAAGCUUCAAUAUUAAAAUAAAAAAGUUUUUAAUUCUAAAAACAAGACUAACCAAGAUUUUUUACAUGUGCUAAAAUAUUAUUAUCUGCUGUAAUCAAGAGGAUUUCGAUACAAAUGAGAUCCUACAAACUGUAUGAUUACGGUUUUUUAAAUGAUUAUUAGCAACUGAAACCAAUUAAUCUAUCAAUUUGUUGCUGUGUUCGGCAUUUGCUUGUCAAAUGAUAUCUGGUGAAUGUGUUUGUUUAUAAUUCAGUUUAUCCGGAAUUUCGUGAGUUUAUACCAAUACCUGGAUAAGGUCGGGGUAAUGUCGAGGGAACCAAAAGAUGUCAAGAACUAACGAGCACUCGGUGGCUCGAGGGCAGGUUGGGGUCACGCCACUGAACCACGCUCAUCACUCACUGAAGCAUGUGACCGAUGUCCAGCCCGCUGACGUCACUCGGGUGGCCUGGGGUUUGAGGAGACGGAGCCAGUCGGUAGUCGGCUGUCUGGGCGAAUUUAUAGUGUAGUCUGAGACAGGGUUAUUCUCACUUUAUCAUGGGUAGCUGCUAAAAAUAGCACUACUCGGAAAAAAAGAAAAAAAAAAGAAAAUAUAUUUUUGUUAAGCCAAAAGUUUAUAAUAUUUACAGUUUAUAGAACUGAGCAUGUUUCCUUGUUAUCCUGUAUAUUAUGAGAAUU